AUGCGGCCAUCCGCAUCAAACAUAUCCGAAUUCAUGUCUUGCGUACCAGGCAUCGACGAAGCUCGAGCCGGUCUAUUUGUCGAAGUAUGUAUCGCCAACGCUGAUCUUGAAAUACAGUUCACUGAUCUUGUGGAGUACGCGAAUAGUAUCAAUGAAGCUGUUGAUCAGUAUUACGAAAACCCUAACAGACACUCAAAUCGGCUAAAUCGACCACCAUCAUCUAUUGUCAGCCCUAUGGCCGGCUCUCCGAGCGGCUGGGACCAGCCUAACAGCUCUGGCUCCAAUAUGUCUUCCACGAGACCGCCUUCUUAUUCUUUAGCCACAAGACCCAUGUCUUCCUCACACGGAAGUGAAACGAGCCGAAGAGUCUCUUCCCAGACCACAAGUAGCUGUGCUUCUCAUCGUUCACAUGAAAAUGCGUUGAUGAGAGCGGCCAAGGUUCGUGCCCAAGAUGAGGCUGAAAUGCAGAAGAUGCUCCAUAGCGCCCAGCUAGCAUGCCGGGUUUACAACCCCGAAAUCGAACCUGAGCACGAAACACACUUGCUGUGCGAAUGCCAUGUCCACAAGUACUGGAAAAGAAGGCUUGAUCGCCUGGACGUUCUCGAAAUGUGGUCCAAAGCCGUUCUUUAUCCGGGCGAAAAGCCAUAUCAUGACUUCGCGCACUUGCGCUUAUCCAACAAUAACCCCUAUUGUAAUAUAUUGUCAUCAUAUGCCCUUGCAGGAUCCUGCAUGUUCGGAGUUGCACGACCGGAACCGCAGUUACAUGCCAACUUUAUUCAACAAACUGCCGCUCUGGACGCGAGUCUGAAUGAGAAGGCACAAAUAGCGAUUCAGCUUCUAGAGCCUUCUUUCAAUAUUUGGGAGCUUGAGCAACUGGAGUCUCUCGUUUCCAACAUGUCUCUCCCCAACCGCAUAUCUGCCAACGGAGAUGUGGCCACCGAAAAGUCAUCUAAGCGUUCAAGCUUUAGGAAAGCGCUCUCUGUCAGAAGCUCGGACGAGCGAACUGCGAUCAAAAUAAAAAAGAGACUUGCUGGUUCUUUUGAUUUGCGCAGUGAGAUUCUCAAGGAGGAAGAGGGGCGAUGGCAGGAACAAAUCGACAGAAAGAUUGUCUCAACCUACCAGGAGUAUAUUGGGAUCGCCCAGGCAGUUUCUGACCUUCGAACAAAGAGACCUAUUCAAUAUCUUAGCCUUCUACGAGCCGGGUAUCUUGAGCCGAUUUCAGUCGCUUGGCAAUCCCAGGCCUGCAAUCCUCUGAGGUUUACUAUUGACGCCUCAGCAGGAUGGAGAGGUGUGACGCCUACUUGGAGAGGCUACAAGGACACUGCCGAAGAGCGAACCUACUGGGUUCGAAACCACAGAGUUGGAGGCCAAAUUGCAGCAAAGCCAAAUUUAAUUUCCGAGCUGAAGUUGGCAUGGGAGCGAAUGGAUUCGGCGUUGGAAUCUGCUCCGAGAUAUCAGUCUCCCGACGAUAUUUGUCGCAAUCAAUACCCCCGAGAAGGGUAUUCAAAGCAGAUCAAUGCACCUUUCGAAACUACUGAUAAUAUCAGAUCCUCGACAGAUGAGACCAUGAUCUUGUUGGAUGUUCGCGGCGCCAUGGAUUUCAACCCGCUAAUACCCAAGUACAACCAAUACUUGAUCACGGGAUUUUUCAAGGCCAACCAACCUAAGAACAAAGACCUCGCACUAGCCAUUGUACGUCGCUUCAUUGAAGCACUAGGAAUCCACGAUAGCAACACACAGGGCUAUCCACUGGUGACAUUCAGCAGCCAAGCAAACUACAUCAAUGUAAUAAAUGGGCGGAAUUUGGAACAAGCGUGUCAGGCCAUCAAGUUUACAGGCCCCAGCCGCAUCAUGGUCGGAUGGCAAAAGAUCAAAGAAAUGCACUUCCAGAAGCAUUCUGAAACAGCAACAUUCCAUCCAAUAUACGGAUGGCAAGCUGGCCCCCAAACACCAAAGUUGAGACUGAUUUUGAUGCUUGGCGGUGAAGUCAACGAUAUUGACGAGUUCGAGCUGAAUAUCCUCGAUGCAACCUGGGCACAUAUCACCAUUCUUCUGAUGGGGGCUGACGGCUGUCCUCAUCACCACCGCUUCGCAAGCAGGCUACGACGAAUGGCGGACUCAUAUCCACACAUGUCCUUCGUUGAAACUCAAGGGCUUGUUCCGGAACGAAUGAUUACACAUGAGCUUCUGAAGCAUCAUCUCGAUCGAGAUCUUUCCAUGCCGGAGUUUGAGAAUCUUGAACAACAAAUAGCUGAACUUCCACCCCAGUUCGAAGCUGGACCUUGGACAGCCCAGUCAGGCCGGGCUCAACUGGAAGAAUUGCUGAUUGAACUUCCUGGCCAGGAGGAACCCCGGGUCUGGCAAAGAGAACAGGACCUUCCACAUUCACCAGAUCUCCAUGAGCUGCCCAAUGACCCGAGGCCUGUGGAAUUACCCGCUAAUAACAAUUCGGCGAAUGUGCAGCAGCCUCCUCGGCCUUCUCGGCCACCCCCUUCACCACCACAGUCAGAGGAUAUCUUUGAUCCACCACCUCCGUAUUUGGCGACCGAGGAGAAUUAA